ACUGAAGUAUUUAAGAAGGCUACGCUUUGAGUGACGGGCCAAAACCUCGCAAUAACGGCUCGCGGCCGGCCGAAACAGUUUAAUAACAUUCAUAUAACAAAUGAAUUGGAAUUGAAUCUGUUUGAUUCGUGUAAAGAGAGACAAAGAAAUCCAAAUGCCUGCCGAUUCAGACCUGAUUGUACCAGGAGGAGAAGACAGGGAUGUUGAUAAAAGCCUGUUUAAAAGUCUCCCGGAGAGAUCAAAACAUGAAGACUUCAUCAGGCGGGCAGUGGACUUACUGGUCGAGAGAGUAGUGUUCGGUAGAACAUCGAGGACUUCUAAGGUAGUAGAGUGGACUGCGCCAGAGGAUAUUAAAACUGCCAUUGAUUUGAAACCUAGAGAUGGACCUGUUUCACAUGAUGAACUUUUAGGAAUUAUGGCUGAUGUCGCGAGAUACUCGGUUAAUACUGGACAUCCUUACUUCGUCAAUCAACUGUUCUCAACUGUUGAUCCAUACGGUUUAAUAGGACAGUGGUUAACCGACGCAUUAAAUCCCAGCGUAUACACUUAUGAAGUAGCUCCAGUUUUUACUCUCAUGGAAGAAGAGGUUCUCCGUGAGAUGAGGAGUAUUGUUGGAUGGCCAGAAGGUCAAGGUGACGGGAUUUUUUGUCCUGGUGGAUCUGUUGCUAAUGGCUACGCUAUUAGUUGCGCUCGAUUCUAUUACUAUCCAGAAAUUAAGAGUAAAGGAGUCUACGCGGUGCCAAAACUGGUUCUCUUCACUUCAGAACUUGCACAUUACUCUACGAAAAAAAUGGCCGCAUUCAUGGGUAUAGGCAGCGAUAACUGUGUUCUUGUGAAAACUGAUAAAUGUGGUAAAAUUGAUGUAAAUGAUUUGGAAAUGAAGAUUACUGAAGCUAUAGAAGACGGUGCUACCCCAUUUCUAGUAACAGCAACAGCAGGGACGACUGUCUACGGAGCAUUUGACCCUUUAGUACCAAUUGCUGCAGUGUGCAAAAAAUACAAUAUUUGGCUUCAUGUAGAUGCAGCGUGGGGAGGUGGUGCUUUGAUGUCGAAGAAGCACAGGCAUCUUUUAUCAGGAAUUGAACUGGCCGACUCAGUGACGUGGAAUCCUCACAAGCUCUUAGCUGCGCCUCAACAGUGCUCCACGUUUUUAAUUAGGCACAAGAAUGUCCUCAAGGAAGGGCACUCUUCCAACGCGAAGUAUCUCUUCCAAAAAGACAAAUUCUACGACACAUCGUACGACACCGGGGAUAAACACAUUCAGUGUGGACGUCGGGCUGAUGUACUAAAAUUCUGGUUUAUGUGGAAAGCGAAAGGUUCAGAAGGUUUCGAGAAACAUAUUGAUACACUAUUCGACAACGCUAAAUAUUUCUUGGAGCACAUACGACAACGUGACGGGUUUCAAUUGGUCGUCGAGAAUCCAGAAUGCACUAAUGUAAUGUUUUGGUACAUACCCACGUGUCUCCGUGGCCGCGAAAAUGAACCAGAUUAUAAAGAAAGGUUGAACAAGGUCGCACCAAAAAUAAAAGAACGAAUGAUAAAGGAAGGAAGUAUGAUGGUCACGUAUCAACCACAAGGUGACCUUGCAAAUUUCUUCCGCAUAGUGUUCCAAAAUUCCGCUUUGGAUCACAAGGAUAUGGUUUACUUCGCCAACGAAUUCGAAAGGCUCGGCAAAGACAUAGUCGUUUGAUUUGUAACACGAGAUAAAUUAAUUUACGCGCACACAUAUUUAUUAAUACGUGUAUAUAACGUACAAAAUCUUGCAUCAUUGUAAUCUGUGAUUGUAUUUUAUAAUUUAAGAUUUUACUUUUGAAUAUUUUUUUCAUUUUACGUACUAUAGAACUUACUAUUAAUAAUUAUUUAUUUUAAUUUAUAAAUAAAAAUGUAUAUUUUGAGUGAAAUGAAAUGAGAGUGGAUAAAUUACUAUCAGAUAGAAUGGAUAUUAAAAAAAAAGAUAUCUUAUUUUUAUUUCUUUUGAAAGAUUAAAUUUUAUAUUCAUUACAGUAAACUGAAGUCAUGUUUGAGGUAUUAUUAAAAACAAUAUAAGUAAAUUUAUAAUUCCAAAAAUUGUACGUAAACCGACUUAUUUUUCAUCAUGUCGUAAAUAUUAUAGAUCCUUUCGUGGAAUAUUCAUAAUUGAAAGUAAUAAAAUGACUGAUACUGUUUUAUUUGUAUACCAUAAAAAUGCGAGAAAAUUGUUAAGUGAGUAACGAUGCUAUACUAAAAUAUAUAAAUAUAACUUCUGUCAACUAAUAUUUUUUUUAUUAAAU